AACACCACCUUGAAAACGUAGUAUUUACAAAAGUCCCCCUAAGCGGCAAGCAUUCUGUUUAACAGUGAAGAUGAAUGUGUAUUCAUGGUUUCGGCUUAGCAAAAAGGGAUCUUUAUCGCAAUCAGCAACGACAACGGCAACAAGCAAUCAAAACGAUGAAGAACAGUUGUAUGGAAUCACUGAGGAGUUGAUUGAUCUCAUCAAGUCGUUCACUCUUGAAACAUUCAAGAACUUCAAUCUCCAAGAUGAACAAGGAGCCGAUGAUGGAGCUGAAUCAACUUCUGGGAAUAUACAAAAGGAUUUGUCUGAUUGGCAAGAGAAACAUGCCGUCCUUGUCCUAUCAAGGGCCAAGGAACUAUCACAACUUAGGUUUAGAUUAUGUCCUCGCUACUUGAAAGAAGGACAAUUUUGGAGAAUUUAUUUUAUCCUUGUGAAGAACUAUGUUGCAAAAUAUGAGUUGCAUGCCAUACGAAUGGAGAAACUUAAACAGAUUGCAGCAGAGAAUAAGAAAAAAGACUCAAAUACAAAUGGAUAUGAAGUUGAAAUGUUGGAAUCAAGAAAGCCAACACAUCCGGAACCUACAACUUCCCUUGAAUAGAAGGUGAAUCAUUCCACAAGUCAAAAUGGAAACAAGUUCAAGGUUAUAUCCUCUUGAAAGCAUCGUGGUAUCUCCCUAUGGAUAGCUUUAUAAAUCAUGAAAACAAGUAGUUACUAAACUAUACAAGAAGAUGGGGACAAAAUGGUCAUUUUUAUGGAUUUUAACAGAGCCCAGGGACUAAAAUUGCAAUCGAAGAUGGUCUUAGGGAUGGAAAAAGCAAAAAAAAAAAAAAAAGGAAACUAUUGGAUUGUAUUGUAUCCAUCAAAAGUGAUAAAGCACCAACCACAUGGACAGUUUUUUGUAGUUUAGUAAAUUUAUUCUUCCUUUAUCCCAAACCAUUAACAUUACCAUACUAUGUAUCAACUCUCAAGUUAAGGUUACACUUUUUUCUGUUAAAAUAAAGGGAACAUCAUUUAUUAGAUUUAAUAUUGAUGUUAUAUAUUACUAGAGU